UCACAAAGGAAACGUCAAUGGUGGAUCUGACCUCCACUGUCAUUGUCAAUGUCAUCACCACCGAAGUAGAGUUGACUCCACUCAAUAGAAAGUUUGAGACUUUUAUUAAGAUGUCAGAAACAGAUUUUAAAGUGUUGUUAGAGACAUUCACAUUCCCUGCUGAUUCAGCUCCCUUUAAGAGUUGUCAUGCCUCUACCAUAGUCGAGGUUGUUAAAGAUCAUUUUCUGACUGCGUAUUUCGGAGGCAGCACGGAAGGAGCACCUGAUGUCAAAAUCUGGUUGCAGCAUUUCAAGGAUGGUCAAUGGGAUUCACCAGUUAUUGUUGAUGAAGAGCCAGGAGUUCCAAUGUGGAACCCUGUCUUGUUCAAACUUCCUUCUCAAGAGCUCUUAUUGUUCUACAAAAUCGGCCAGGAGGUUCAAAAAUGGAGCGGUUGCAUGAAACGAUCAUAUGAUAAAGGUAGAACUUGGACUGAAAGAGAACAGCUUCCUCCCGGGAUUCUCGGACCCAUCAAAAACAAGCCUAUUUUGCUUGAAGACGGUACACUCCUUUGCGGAUCAUCUGUUGAAAGUUGGAAUUCUUGGGGAGCGUGGAUGGAGGUCACUUCAGACGCUGGUAGAUCAUGGAGAAAGCAAGGGCCAAUAUACAUUCAAGGCAAGAGUCUUAGUGUGAUCCAACCGAUUCCAUACCAAACCGCAGCUGGGAAAUUACGGGUUUUACUCAGAUCCUUUUCCGGCAUUGACAGAAUCUGUAUCUCAGAGUCUUCUGAUGGCGGUGAGAACUGGAGUUUUGCAGUACCAACGGUUCUCCCAAACCCAAAUUCAGGUAUCGAUGGAGUCAAGCUAAAGGAUGGUAGGCUAGUACUUGCUUACAACACAGACUCAAGAGGUGUGCUCAAAGUAGGAGUUUCUAUAGACGACGGUGAUUCUUGGACCGAUGUUUUAACAUUGGAGGAAUCUCCGGGAAUGGAGUUUUCAUACCCGGCGGUUAUACAAGCCGGAGACGGGAAUGUCCACGUCACAUAUACAUAUAACAGGACACAAAUUAAGCAUGUUGUGCUCAAGACUGCGACAGAUAUCGAUUCAAAGCCAUACCGACAUCGUGAAGCAGGAGGAGGACACGUGAACUUGGGUUUGUACGAACCAAACAUUAUUAAUUAGCUAUUUGUCUCUUGAACCAUUGAUGUGGAGUGUGACUUUCUUCUUACGGAAGAACAAAGAAUUUUCUCUUUCUUGUCUUGUAAGUUAUGGAUUGAUCGAUUCUUGAGUUUGUAAAGUUGCUACUAGAUGAACAUUAUUGUCCAUUUAUUGAAAUCAUAUAAGUUAGAGAUUUACUUUUUCCAUACGUAUAUAUCGUGGAUUUGUUGAUGAAAAAAGAUUCUAUCAUUUAUGGAUCUAUGUAAGACUUAUUUAAAUAAUUGUAGACUAUGGUC